GCCGGAGCCAUGCAGGCCUUCCUCAAAGGCCCGUCUUCGAUCAGCACCAAGCCCCCCGCUGCCAAGGAGAAGGGCGCAGCCAGCGCAGCGGGGAGCAGCGGGGAGGGCAAGAGGCUCAAGCCCAUCCCCUGGGUGGAGAAAUAUCGCCCCAAAAAUGUGGAUGAAGUUGCCUUCCAGGAUGAAGUUGUUGCUGUGCUGAAAAAGUCCUUGGAAGGUGCUGAUCUUCCCAAUCUGUUGUUCUAUGGCCCACCUGGAACUGGAAAGACUUCCACUAUUUUAGCAGCUGCUAGAGAACUCUUUGGGCCUGAAUUAUUCCGGCAAAGAGUCCUUGAGUUAAAUGCUUCUGAUGAGCGUGGAAUACAAGUGAUUCGGGAAAAAGUGAAGGCUUUUGCUCAGCUAACUGCAUCUGGAAGCCGUUCUGAUGGUAAAAUUUGUCCCCCUUUUAAAAUUGUAAUCCUGGAUGAAGCAGACUCAAUGACUUCAGCAGCCCAGGCAGCCUUAAGACGCACAAUGGAAAAAGAAUCUAAAACAACACGGUUCUGCCUUAUUUGUAACUACAUCAGCAGAAUAAUAGAACCUUUAACAUCUCGAUGCUCUAAAUUCCGCUUCAAGCCUUUGUCAGACAAAAUCCAACAGCAGAGGCUAUUGGACGUUGCUGAGAAGGAACAUGUGAAAAUCAGCAGUGAGGCAGUAUCUUACCUUGUUAAAGUCUCAGAAGGGGACUUAAGAAAAGCAAUUACUUUUCUUCAAAGUGCCACUCGCCUAAUGGGCGGGAAGGAGAUCACAGAGAAGAUAGUCACUGAAAUUGCUGGGGUCAUCCCUCAAGAAACAACUGAUGAACUGCUACUUGUCUGCCAGAGUGGUUCCUUUGAGAAACUGGAAACACUGGCAAAGAAUCUCAUAAAUGAAGGGUAUGCUGUUGCUCAGCUUGUAAACCAGCUGCAUGAUACUGUUGUGGAGAGCGAAGAUUACAGUGACAAGCAGAAAUCUAUCAUAGUUGAGAAACUCGCGGAAGUAGACAAAUGCCUGGCGGACGGUGCUGAUGAAUACUUGCAGUUGAUGAGUCUGUGUGCCCUUGUGAUGCAGCAGCUCACAUAGAAUGUGUAACUCCUC